CCGUUAUGGCGGCCCCUGGCCAAUGCGCGGACGGCUCGUGUUGCUCCCACGAAAAUGCAGCGCCCAGCGUGCAGCAGACGCUGGAGGAGAUGGACUUCGAGAGGGGAAUCUGGUCAGCAGCCCUGAAUGGAGACCUUGGCCGGGUGAAGCAUUUGAUUCAGAAGGCAGCGGACCCCAGUCAGCCAGAUGCGGCCGGCUACACAGCUCUGCACUAUGCCAGCCGCAAUGGGCACUACGCGGUGUGCCAGUUCCUGCUGGAAAACGGAGCUCGGUGCGAUGCCCAGACCCACGGCGGUGCCACCGCCCUGCACCGCGCCAGCUACUGCGGCCACACGGAAAUUGCCCGGCUUCUGCUCUCCUACGGGUCCAACCCCAGGGUGGCAGAUGACGAUGGCAUGACCUGUCUGCAUAAGGCUGCGGAAAAGGGUCACGUGGAUAUUUGCUGCCUCCUUUUGCAGCACAGCCCCAGCCUGAAGUCUGUCCGUGACCAGAAGGCACGGCUAGCCUGUGACCUGCUGCCCUACAACAGUGACCUUCGGGACCUGCUUGCCAGCUGAAGUGCCAUCUGUCCAUCUGUCCGUCCGUCCGUCUGUCUCUUGUCUGUCUCAGGCUGUCCUGCACGGGCACCAGACUCAGUCUCCCAGGUCUCCCAAUUGAGGGCAGCAUCUCCGCGGUGGGGGCCACUGGGAGGCCCAGGAACAGCCCCUCUGCUGGCCACUGAGGGAGCAGGGAGCAGGCUGGUGGGGGUGGGGUGGUGAGAGCAAUGCCACCUGGGCCGAUCCUCCUAUUCUAAAUGAGCCCCCAAGCAAUGCCUCUCCCUUUGGGGAGAAAAAUCAAUAAAGUUCGAUGCCUACCUCA